GCCGCUUCCCACCCCCCACAGUCCCCGCUAGCUCUGUUGUUUCCUCGACACCCAUCGCUCCGAACGGUUCCACCAUGGACUUAGAAGACUCCUUUUCCCCGCUCAAGCCAGUAGAUGCAAACCCUAAAGUGGGUAAGAUCACGGAUGGAGAUUCAAAAAAGAGGCUAUCUGUUGAAAGAAUAUACCAGAAGAAAAGCCAGCUGGAGCAUAUAUUGCUUCGGCCUGAUACCUACAUUGGCUCUGUGGAACAAGUGACUCAGCAAAUGUGGGUGUUUGAUGAAGAUGUUGGACUGAACUGCAGGGAUGUUACCUUCGUACCUGGCCUUUAUAAAAUAUUUGACGAAAUCCUAGUCAAUGCUGCUGAUAACAAGCAGAGAGAUAAGAACAUGUCAUGUAUCAAAGUUAUGAUUGACCCAGAGAAUAACACAAUCUCUGUGUGGAACAACGGAAAAGGGAUUCCUGUUGUAGAGCACAAAGUAGAAAAAGUCUAUGUGCCGGCUCUUAUUUUUGGACAGCUUUUAACCUCCAGCAAUUAUGAUGAUGAUGAGAAGAAAGUCACAGGUGGCCGAAAUGGUUAUGGAGCAAAACUGUGCAACAUCUUCAGUACCAAAUUUACUGUGGAAACUGCAUGUGGAGAAUAUAAGAAGCACUUUAAGCAGACUUGGACUAAUAAUAUGUCUAAGGCUGGAGAGAUGAAAUUGAAGUACUUUGAUGGUGAGGACUUCACAUGUAUCACCUUCCAACCUGAUCUGUCAAAAUUUAAAAUGACCGCACUGGACAAAGAUAUUGUGGCUCUGCUGUCUCGGAGAGCUUAUGAUAUUGCAGGAUCAAGUAAAGGUGUCAAAGUUUUCUUGAAUGGAAAGAAGCUACUUGUCAAUGGAUUCCGCAGUUAUGUAGAUCUGUAUAUAAAGGACAAAGUGGAUGAAACUGGCAAUCUACUGAAAGUAGUCUAUGAAAAAGUGAAUGAUCGGUGGGAAGUCUGUGUAACAAUGAGUGAAAAGGGCUUCCAGCAAGUCAGCUUCGUCAACAGCAUUGCUACAACAAAGGGUGGUAGACAUGUAGACUAUGUUGCUGACCAGCUUGUCACCAAACUCAUUGACGUGGUAAAGAAAAAGAACAAAGUUGGAGUUUCAGUGAAGCCUUUCCAGGUGAAGAAUCACAUGUGGAUCUUUGUAAACUGCUUGAUUGAAAAUCCAACUUUUGACUCCCAAACAAAGGAGAACAUGACCCUUCAAGCAAAGAGCUUUGGCUCAACAUGCAAGUUGAGCGAAAUGUUUAUCAAGGGGGUAAGCAGUUGUGGCAUAGUAGAUAACGUUUUGAACUGGGUCAGAUUUAAAGCCCAGGCUCAGCUGAACAAGAAAUGUUCUUCUGUAAAACACAGUAGAAUUAAAGGGAUACCUAAACUAGAUGAUGCCAAUGAUGCUGGGAGCAAGAAUUCUACCAGCUGUACCCUUAUUUUGACGGAAGGUGAUUCAGCUAAAACUCUAGCUGUUUCUGGUCUUGGAGUUGUGGGCAGGGACAAAUUUGGAGUGUUUCCUCUGCGGGGAAAGCUGCUUAAUGUUCGGGAAGCCUCCCACAAACAGAUAAUGGAGAAUGCUGAAAUCAACAACAUUAUCAAGAUAGUUGGCCUGCAAUAUAAGAAGAACUAUGAUGAUGAAGAAUCACUAAAGAGUCUCCGUUAUGGGAAAAUAAUGAUAAUGACAGAUCAGGAUCAAGAUGGUUCUCACAUCAAAGGCUUGCUGAUAAACUUCAUACAUCAUAACUGGCCAUCUCUUCUGAGACACUGUUUCCUGGAAGAGUUCAUUACUCCCAUUGUAAAGGUUUCCAAAAACAAAGAGGAGAUUUCUUUCUAUAGCAUUCCUGAAUAUGAAGAAUGGAAAGCCAGCAAUCCUAACUACAAAAACUGGAAGAUCAAGUACUACAAAGGUCUGGGUACCAGCACAGCAAAGGAAGCAAAAGAGUACUUUGCAGAGAUGAAAAGGCACCGAAUACCUUUCAAGUAUUCUGGCCCUGAAGAUGAUGCUGCGAUUACUCUGGCCUUUAGCAAAAAAAAGAUUGAUGACCGAAAGGAGUGGCUGACAAACUUCAUGCACGAUCGAAGGCAGAGGAAGCUUCAUGGCCUUCCAGACGUUUACUUAUAUGGCAAAAGUACAAAUUACCUGACCUACAAUGAUUUUAUCAACAAAGAACUUGUCCUCUUCUCAAAUUCUGACAAUGAGCGAUCCAUUCCAUCACUGGUUGAUGGACUGAAACCAGGUCAGAGGAAAGUUCUGUUCACAUGCUUCAAACGAAAUGACAAGCGGGAGGUGAAGGUUGCCCAGUUGGCUGGAUCAAUAGCUGAGAUGUCCUCUUACCACCAUGGAGAGAACUCACUGAUGAUGACCAUCAUCAAUUUGGCUCAGAAUUUUGUGGGCAGCAACAAUCUCAACCUGCUUCAGCCCAUUGGCCAGUUUGGCACCAGGCUGCAUGGUGGGAAAGACUCUGCCAGCCCUCGAUACAUCUUCACAAUGCUCAGCUCGUUGGCACGUUUGGCUUUCCCAGCAGCGGAUGACAGUGUACUGAAAUUUCUGUAUGAUGACAACCAACGGGUUGAGCCUGAAUGGUACAUUCCAAUCAUUCCCAUGGUGCUAAUCAAUGGUGCUGAGGGCAUUGGAACUGGCUGGUCAUGCAAGAUUCCAAACUAUGAUGUCCGAGAAGUGGUGAAUAACAUUCGGCGCAUGCUAGAUGGAGAUGAGCCACUUCCAAUGCUUCCAAGUUACAAAAAUUUCAAGGGGACAAUAGAUGCUCUGGGACAAAACCAGUACCUUGUCAAUGGAGAGGUGUCUAUUCUUGAUUCGACCACCAUUGAAAUUUCUGAACUUCCUGUUCGGACAUGGACCCAGGUAUAUAAAGAACAGGUUCUGGAGCCUAUGCUGAAUGGCACAGAGAAGACUCCCCCCCUAAUAACAGACUACAAAGAGUAUCACACCGAUACCACAGUCAAAUUCAUCGUAAAAAUGAGUGAGAAGAAUCUGGUGGAGGCAGAGGCUGCUGGUCUACACAAGGUCUUCAAACUUCAGACUUCUCUUUCCUGCAACAACAUGGUACUCUUUGACCACGUUGGGUGCCUGAAGAAAUAUGAGACUGCAGAGGAUAUUCUGCGGGAAUUCUAUGAGCUCAGGCUGCGCUAUUAUAGCUUAAGGAAAGACUGGCUUGUUGGGAUGUUGAGUGCGGAAUCUGCAAAACUGAACAACCAGGCUCGCUUUAUCCUCGAAAAAAUAGAAGGCAAAAUAGUGAUUGAGAAUAAACCCAAGAAAGAAUUGAUACAGGUCCUUAUCCAGAGGGGUUAUGAUUCUGAUCCAGUAAAGAAAUGGAAAGAAUCUCAACAGAAGUGCAAUGAAGAGAUUGAUGAAGAAGAGGGAGACAGUGAUAAAGAAACUGCAUCUGCUGCAGCCUCUGGACCAGAUUUUAACUACCUUCUGAACAUGCCUCUCUGGUACCUGACGAAGGAAAAGAAGGAUGAGCUCUGCAAGCAAAGGGGUGACAAAGAAGUUGAGCUGGAAAACCUGAAGCGAAAGGCUCCUAAUGACUUAUGGAGAGAAGAUCUUGCUGCCUUUGUUGAAGCUCUUGAAGAGCAAGAAAACAAGGAAAAAGAGGAUGAGAUGGCUGGGACUGCAGGCAAGGCCAACAAAGGGAAAGGAGGAAAGUUGAAAGUAAAGAAGCAGCAGCUGCAGGAGAUUAUGCCCUCUCCACAUGGCCGGAGGGUCAUCCCCCGUGUGACUGAGGAGAUGAAAGCAGGUGCAGAGAAGAAAUUAAAAAGGAAAAUCAAGAGUGAAACAACUAAGCCUAGUGGGAUUCAAGAAGAAGAUGCACCAGCAUGCGAUGAGGAACCAAUGACUCUUAAACAAAGAUUGGCAAAGAAAUUUAAAACAGAACCAGGUACCAAGAAACAAUCCACACUGCCAUUCAAGCCAGUAAAAGAAACAAAGAAAAACUCUUGUUCUGACUUGGAUUCAGACGACAGUGAUGGUGGUGGUGAUAUGGAGGUUGUGCUGUCUUCUGAAAACAUGUCAAGCCGCCCAGCAAAAGCAAAAGCAGUGUGUGUGUCAGAUUCAAGCCUAAGUGGCACUGGUGGUGACAUCCAAGAACUGGAUGAGAAUGCUGCAUCUGAUGAAAAUUCAGAGGUUCCAGCUGCAAAACAGAAUACUAUUUCUAUGAAAGCCAAGGGACGUAAAGGCAAAGAAGCCAUCAAACCACAAGGGGUACAGAGCACCAUCUCCAUUCACGUUGAGGACUAUGAUGCAGGCAAACCAGUUACAGCAGCCUCUUCUCUGCCUGCUACCCUUGAUGUGCCAGCCAAGCCUGCUCCCAAAAAGAGAGCUCCAGCCAAGAAAACAGCAAAGGGAGCUGAAGGCAAUCAGCCUUCUAUUAUGGAUGCUUUCUCUAAGAAGAAGACAACUGCAAAACCCAGCAAGGCAACAGCAGCUAAAAGUUCGGAAUCCAGCACGGAUGAAGCAGCCUCCCAAAAGCGUGCACCUGCCAAGAUGAGGAAACCUGCCAAAAGGAAGGUUUCUAGCUCUGACGACUCUGAUUCUGACUUUGGCCCAGCUCUUAAAAGAACUACAGCAAUUAAGAAAUCCAACAAGAUUGAUGAGUCAUUUUCCCCUGAAAUAAGCUCAGAUGAGGACUUGCCUGUUCCAACUGUCGCACGUGAAAGGUUGAGUCGGCCCAGGAAAGUUGUCAAAUACCUUGAGGAAUCGGACAACGAGCUAUUGGGAAUUUAAAGCACCUUGUUCAAAAAUGAGAUGUCUGCCUUUUGAUGUUUUAACAUUAUGUCUGUCCCUGUAAAUAUUUGACACUGUUCACUAUCAUUUUUAUCUUAAUAAACGUUUUUUUU